GUCCCAAGUGCAGCUAGACAUAGCUUCGGCAUCCUCCAUCCAAGUUGUGGGAGUUGUGGAACCUCUCAUACAAAAUGCUGAGAUCCUCUUUCCAGGAGAUAUUAACUUCGAUGUCUCCAGUCUGUUCACUCCUCCAUUAGACAUCAAAAAUCAAAACAUCCUCACAAUAGAAGAACCUUCAGCAGUGUUUCUGCCUUCUGAAUCUAAUUCCCCUAUGCCUGAAGAAAGGAAAAAAUCUGAAGUUAUUCCAGAAACAGUGUCCUCAAAAGUGACCGAGUCUUCUACUGAAACAACCAUCUGCCCACCUACCUCUGCUUCUGCUGAUGAGACCUCACGAAAAACAAAGCGGGUGGCUCCACCCAGACCUACCAUGCCUCCACCCCAUCCUCAAACCACACCACUUGUUCAUCUUCACAUGCCUCCUCCUUCUCCAGAGUCUGUCUCCAUCCCUAAAGCCUUGCCUCGAAGAACAGUAGGGGGACCAGCACGAGCUCCAGUUAUGCCACCCCCACUUCCUCCCCAGCCAGCCAGAAGGCAGAGUCACAAAGCUCCACCAUCACCUAGGCCUCCUUCAGAAGCUAUGAACAAUAAGGCAGCUGCAGCUGAAGAGGAUUCUACUAAUGUCUGCAGUAGAGAAACUCCCAAAGAUUCCAUCCUUACAAAGAAAGAAGCCAAUGAAGGAAAAAUCAGCUCUCCAUCUGCUGCUGCUCAGAAAGUAGAAACUCUGGAGAAUGUUUGAGAGGAAGAGUUUUACUGGCUUUGCUUUUGCCUAUCCAAUUUGUUGCAAUUCUUUUCGCCCUGGUAUUUUGUUAAAUGUUCCCCAAAUGCCUCAAGGUGCAAGGGUCAUGUCUCUUGGGACCCUUAUGUAUGGUCUAUUUAAAUCAAACUCCCCCCCCAAAAAAUAAAUAGAAAAUCCUCUCCUCCUGUUUACAAACAUUAGAGCAUCAAUCAGUACAGGGUGUCCUUCAUGCAAUAUUUGAAUCCAAGCCCUGUACAGGAGCAGUGGUCUGAUACAACAUACCGUACUUCACUUUCCUACGAUUCUGUUAUCAGUCUAUAAAGCACAAAAUAGCUUUUCAUUAACAGUACUCUGCUUUUUUAUUAUUUUUGACAAAACAUUUGUGGAAGCUUCUGAAUAAAUGUUAAAAGAAGAUA